AUGUACAAUUGCAAAGAUGAGCAUUUGGCUUCUAUCAGUGUUGGUGGGGAUCUGAUAGUUCAUAACCUUGCAUCUGGUUCAAGAGCUGCUGAACUCAAAGAUCCAAACGGGCAGUUGAGAGCCUUUGUUCGUCAAACUAAUUGGCUUUCUGAUCGAUUCAAGACCAGGAUUUUCGGCAAAGCAAGUCUUAAAGUCGCUGAGAGAGCGACAUGUAGGAUUUUCGACCUCUCACUUAUAGUAUAA